AUGGCUAAACUCGGGAAGCUAACAAAACUCAAGUUGGCCAUAAAGAAAUGGCCUUCCUUUACCAAGAACCACUACUCAACCACCGUGUCCACUGCCUCCCCCGCCGCCUCCGAUGUCUCUAAGUGCGACGAUCUUCAACUGUUUUACGUCGGGAAGUCUCGAAGACCAUACAUGCUUAAUUCCCACGUCAUCAACCAUCCGCUUUUCCAAGAACUACUUGAUCGAUCGUCGAGCUUCGUGGAAGAACGCCACGAUCAAAAGACAGUCUUGGUAUCUUGCGAAGUUGUAUUGUUCGAACACUUGUUAUGGAUGCUCAAGAAUAGUUUCUCCGAUCACGGCGACGAUGAUGAUGAUGAUGAUCGCGAAAGAGGAUCCGUCGAGGAGUUAGCUGAGUUCUACACUUAUUGACGGCGAAAUAUACUUAUUUUCUUAUAAUUCAUAUUAUAUUAAUUGAAAAUUUUUGAUUUGAUUCUACAUGAUCCAAUGCGGUCACAGAAAAUUUCCUUUGCUUUUGUUUUUUCCAGAGCAAUUUUUUGAGAUUUGGUACUCUUAAUGAAUAGGGACUUCUUCCCUAUACUACAAACUACAAAUUGUAAUUCCUUCAAUGAUAAAACUGAUGUUCUAAAUU